AUUUUGCAGUGGAAGAACCACGUGAACCUCGUAUACCUCCGACUGUCUCGAACCGUAAGAAGAGGAAGGAAUUAUCCGAUAAGGGCAAGGGCAAGGCAAUCACGACCAAGAAAAAGACCACGACCAAGAAGAAGUCUGGAGAGGGUUCUUCCUCAACGAAUCUGAUGCCGGCUCUUCCCUCGACUGUAGACGUUGGUAAUUCGAGCAACGAACCGGUCAGAGGUCCCGAGAUACCGGAAUUGUACACAAAUUUUGAUAAGCACAUUGCUUAUCAUAUUGUGAAUGGAGGUCCAGAGCGCUCGGAGCGCGGCUCAGAAUUUCGAAUUCGAAAUCACACAGGAACUUUGAAAGGUUGGGUGCCGGCGCCGUUUAUUACAGAGGUAGUACAAAGAGGUGGAUUAAUGUCAGUUGUACAAGCAUCGUAAAACACUGUGGACGGCCAUCUACUUAGAGCAUUCAUAGAGAGAUGGCAGCCAGCUACCAACACAUUUCAUUUACCGGUUGGAGAGAUGACCAUCACACUUGAUGAUGUGAGUACGUUGGUCGGUUUGCCAGUUGUUGGGCGUACCGUAUCUUGCGAGCGUUUGAUCCGUGAUUCCAAAACGAAGCCCAGUAGUUUGAUGUUCGAGUUGCUUGGUGAGUACCCGGACGAUGUAGACAAGAAGAAAGCGGUGAAGUUGGAAUGGUUGAAGGCUAAAUUUAGCAAAGUGACCAUGAGAGACAGUGCGGAGAAGAGGACAUACGCCAUUCGGGCGUAUUUGUUAUUUUUGCUCGGGUGUACUAUACUGUGCGACAAGACAGGCAACAUGGUAAGCGUGGAGUAUCUAAAUCUCGUCUCUGAUUUGGAUCGGAUCGGCGAGUAUGCUUGGGGCACUGCAUGUCUUUGUCGGUUGUACGAUGAGCUUUCGUCAGCCUCACAAAAAUCAACGAACUCGAUGGCUGGCUGGCUGACGCUCUUUCAAUCAUGGAUUUACGAGCACUUUCCUUAUUUGGCGGGUGGCACAUUGAAGACGGAAUUCGAGGGGCCAUUAGCGAGCCGAUGGGAGCCUCAGUCAAAGACUACUUCAACGCCUGAACGAGCGUCGUACCUGCGAUCUCGAUUAGAUGAUUUGAUCCCCGAUCAGGUUUUAUGGUCACCGUAUACGGCUAUUCGUGAUCGUUUCCCGAUGCCAGAUUCUGCUUGGUUUAGUGGGAUGAUAUGUUGCAUGGACCACUUCGAGGCAUAUCAUCCGGACAGAGUGUUGAGGCAGUUCAACCGGGUGCAAAUUAUUCCAGGUCGUGUAUACAUGUCAAAAGAUAUGUACAAAGCUCUAGUUAACAAAGGUCGAUCAGUCCAGAACUCAAUAUUCGUUGCGUAUGGCGAACGUUUCUCUGAUCGGUGGGAGGAGUAUUGUCUGGACGAGGAGUCGAGGUCUGUUGAAGUUGAACUCGGGGAGGCGGAUACUUCGCCGGACUACAUGAAUUUGUCCAAAAACACUUAG